AUGGCCGCUGUUCGCCGUCGCCAUCAUGACCAUCAUCAUCUUCUCUCUUUCUUUCUCAUCUUCUCUCUCCUCUUGCCUUUCUCUCUCUCCCUUUCGGAAGCCCACGCUAUUUUCAAGCACAAAAACUCCUUCAACCAAACCAAUAAUGCUCUCUCGUCCUGGGUCCCGGACUCGUCCCCGUGCCUUUCACGUUGGGCCGGAGUCAUGUGCUUCGACGGCAUCAUAACGGGCCUCCACCUCACCAACAUGGGCCUCGUCGGUGCCAUCGACAUCGACGCCCUGGCCCAGAUCCGCGGCCUCAGAACCAUCAGCCUCAUGAACAACAACUUCUCCGGCCCGAUGCCGCAGUUCAACAAGCUCGGCGUUCUCAAAGCCCUUCUCCUAACCGGGAACUCCUUCUCCGGCGAAAUCCCGGCAGAUUUCUUCUCCCAUUUGAACUCGUUGAAGAAGGUCUGGCUCAACGAGAACAAAUUCACCGGAAACAUACCGAAAUCCUUGGGUCAGUUGACCCAUUUGAUAGAGCUCCAUUUGGAGAAUAACCAGUUUAAUGGUCCCAUUCCAAAUUUCACACAACCAAUAUCUUCUCUAGAUUUUUCCAACAAUAAGCUGGAAGGGGAAAUCCCGGGGAUUCUCGCGAAGUACAAUGCGACGGCGUUUUCUGGGAACGACGGCCUCUGCGGUCCGCCGCUGGAGAAGGCUUGCAGCGGCCGCGGCGCUCAGAUGGCGUUGUCUGGUAAUUCCCUCAACGACGAGAACGCGAACAACACGAAGCUGAUUGUCGGCGGCGUUAUCGCGACGAUGAUCGUCGUUUUGCUGUACGCGUUGCUGAGCUCGAAGAACGGGAGGGAGGACGAGUUCAGCCAGCUGGGGAAGGAGCACGUGGGCGAGGUGGUGGAGGUGGACGUGCGGAGCUCGCACAAGCGGGCGGGUAAUUAUAGUAAUUCGGAGCAUUCGAAUCGGAGAUCGGGCGGGGCUGCGUCGGCGUCGGCGUCGUCGUCGUCGUCUCACCACGGGAAGAGCGGGUCGAUGACGGACCUGGUGAUGGUGAACGAGGAGAAGGGGAGUUUCGGGAUGGCGGAUUUGAUGAAGGCGGCGGCGGAGGUGCUGGGGAACGGGGGGCUGGGGUCGGCGUACAAGGCGGUGAUGACAACAGGGCUGUCGGUGGCGGUGAAGAGGAUGAGAGAGAUGAAUAGGAUGGGGAGGGACGGAUUUGACGCCGAGAUGAGGAGGUUUGGGAGGUUGAGGCAUAAGAAUAUCUUGACGCCUUUGGCUUACCAUUACCGGAGGGAGGAGAAACUGCUUGUAUCCGAGUAUAUUUCUAAAGGCAGCUUGUUGUACGUUUUGCAUGGCGAUCGCGGAAGUAGUCACGCGGAGCUGAACUGGCCAACCCGUCUGAAGAUAAUCCAAGGAAUCGCCCGGGGUCUUGGUUUCCUCUACUCGGAAUUCUCCUCCUACGACCUCCCCCACGGCAACCUCAAGUCCAGCAACGUCCUCCUGACCGACGACCACGACCCGAUCCUCAGCGACUACGCCUUCCAGCCCCUCAUGAACCCCGCCAACGCCGUCCAAGCCAUGUUCGCCUUCAAGACCCCCGACUUCCUCCAGUACCAGCGCGUCUCCAACAAGACCGACGUGUACUGCCUCGGCAUCAUCAUCCUCGAGAUCCUCACCGGCAAGUUCCCCUCCCAAUACCUGACCAACGGCAAGGGCGGCAUCGACGCCGUCCAGUGGGUCAUGUCGGCCCACGGCGACGUCGACCAAGAGAUGGAGCUCCUCGACCCGGAGAUCGCCGCGAGCACGGUGGCGGUUAACCAUAUGUUGCAGCUCCUCCACGUCGGGGCCGCCUGCGUUGAGAGUAAUCCGCAGCAGCGGAUUGACAUGAGGGAGGCCAUUAGAAGGAUAGAUGAAGUGCAAGUUUGA